AUGAACAUUAAAGUUCAGCAGCCCAUACCAAAGCCGAAUUGUUCGUCAUUACAGAAACGUGAAAUGGUUGAAGCUGGAGUUGGAAGAACUGGUCGCAAGAAGCCGUCUGUUUGGGAUAAAGAAAACCGAAUAAUAUUGAAAGAUAUAACAGAUGCACAGGAUUCACAGCAAAUCACAUUCCAUCCUUCACUACGCACGUCACAGCAGCAGCAGCAAUUGUAA